AUGGAGCUGAGGACGGUGCUGCUGCUGCUCAAGUUGCAUUUGCUGUGGAUCUUUGGGAUGUCUCUGCACGCUCACUCUGCUCCAAACCCGGAGAACGUAAUUGACCUGUUAGCGGCCCUAAACAUAUCCCAGCACAGAAGCGGUGUGUCCAGGCUGCAGACUCCCAACAGCACGAUGUAUAAAAUCCGUCCCAGAGCAGCUCACCUGAUCCUCCCUCAGGAAUAUUCCCGUUACCUUCACUCCAGCUUUCGGGGCAGCAUCGGGGUGCAUUUGGUGGGACGUCAGGCACUGAGAUCCAGUGCCACCAUUUUGUCUCUCUCCUCUACAUCCUCACCCAUCCUCCAGAUCAUUUCCUCCUCCCUCGACAACACCCUGCAUUUGGACUUAUCUGGAGGAAGAGCUCCUGCCAGUUUUUUCUUUCCAAGAAGGAAUCCUCUCUCUGGGGGGCAAUGGGUCCAGCUGGCUGUGAGCCUGGAGCCGGACAAACUGGUGUUUUUUGUUGAGUGUCAAGAAGCUGUCGUUGUACGGAUAAAAAGUGAAAACGGGGUCAACUUGGAGGUUCCUCAAGAUGUCAUCGUUGCUCUUGCCAGCACUCCAAAAAGAAAUGAGAGCAAAUUUAAUGGAUAUCUGAAGACAGCCGAAUUAUCUCUGAAGGGAUAUAUGAGGCGACCAUGGCGCUGUGACAACAUCACAGAUGAUCUUCCAGGGACUCAUUACAACCGUCCAAGCUCUCCGACUGACACCAGUCAAAGGUUUCAUCACGAUGCAUCACUCAGUGAACUUCAGUCAAUCCACCAAAGCAGCCGUUAUCCCAAGAACAUCCAGAGCGACCGGCAGCAGAGAGCAGCAGCACUGGGGCCUCCCGGAGCUCCUCAGGGAGUGAAAUGUGUCUCUCAGAUACAGACGGACGACAGGCUGGACAAGCUGGAGAAGAAGUUGGAGGAGCUGAGCCGUAUGCUGGACAUGGUCAAAGCUCAGAAUGCAGACCUGCAGUCCCGUGUGACAUACCUGGAGGGAUGUGAGUGUGUGAAGCAGGGAUGCGUUUGGGACGGGCGUGGAGUGGAGGAUGGGCGCCGCUGGCAGAUUGACCUCAACACUGUGUGUUCCUGCACAUCUGGAGAGGUUACGUGUCAAACUACCGGCGAGCGUGAAGGGUGUGAUCUGGAUGGUAGAGUGCACAAUGUGUCCUACAGCACUCUGGAUGGUUGUCAGACGUGUACAUGUAAGGAGGGUAUCAGAGAGUGCUCCCCCCUGCCAUGCCCUUCAUUAGACUGCACACAGAGGGAAGCAGUACCUGGAGACUGCUGCCAGCACUGCAGAGCUUGCACCCACUCCGGCGUCAGGUACGAUCACGGCGCCAGGUGGAGGCCCGCAGAGAGCCCCUGUGAGGUCUGCUCCUGUUUGGAGGGUCGUGUUCACUGUGACAAGGAGAAAUGCACUCCCCCAGGUAAAAGCCCUGCUGCUCCUCCACCUGACAGCUGCUGUCCAGUCUGUCAGGGCUGUGAUGUGAAUGGACACGAUUUCCCUAACGGAGCUGUAAUCCCUUCACGGGACCACUGUCAGGAGUGCACAUGUGUGAAUGGAAAUGUGAUGUGCUCACCUCUCCGAUGUCCUGUCCUGUCUUGUCCCAACCCUGUGCAUCAUGCUGGAGACUGUUGCCCACGAUGUGAGCAGUGUGAAUAUGAGUCAGAAGUGUACGCAAACGGUGAAAAGUUCUCAUCCAGGACUGACCCCUGUCUCCAGUGCCUCUGCUCUGACAGUGAAGUUUCCUGUGAGCGGAUGGACGCCUCGUGUCCCACACCACGCUGUAAACAUCCAGCCAAGCGCAAAGGAGAGUGCUGUCCCACAUGCAGAGAGUGUGAGUUCGACAGAAGGGUGUAUGCUGAUGGUAAAGUGUUUGCCCCUGCUGGGAGUGGACCCUGCCUCCAGUGCAGGUGUAAGGCUGGAAAUGUAAUUUGCCAUGAAGAGAAAUGCCCUCCGGUUCUGUGCUCUAACCCUAUUAAUGACCCGCAUCUUUGUUGUCCAACCUGCAAAGCCUGUGUGUUGGAGGGGUUGGAAUAUGAAGAAGGCUCCACCUGGCAACCUGAGGGCCCGUGCUCCAGCUGCACCUGUGUGAAUGGAGACAUCAAAUGCACACACAUGCAGUGCCCCCCCUUCAACUGUCUGCACCCCAGCAAGAUUACAGGUUCCUGUUGUGAAGUGUGUGAUAGCUGCACUUAUAACCAUCGUAUCUAUAGCAACGGACAGAGGUUUACCACUCCUGACAAGCCAUGCCACAUCUGCACCUGCCUGCAUGGGACUGUUGAGUGUGAGAGACAAACUUGUCCGCAACUCAACUGCUCCAACUCUUACCCCCUGCCUGGAGAGUGCUGCCCUAAAUGUCCAGACUGCUCUUUUGAAAACCGCAUAUUUGUGGAUGGAGAGGCUUUUCCUAAUCCUGUGAGUGUGUGUGAGGAGUGCAGGUGUGUGAGCGGAAGGAUUGACUGCCACCAAGCUCAAUGUCCUCGUCCUCACUGUAAUGCCCCUCUGCCUGGAACAUGCUGCCACAACAACUGCAAUGGCUGCAGUUAUGCUGGGAAGGAGUAUCCUAACGGGCAGGACUUUCACCAUCCAACUGACCACUGCAGGACAUGCAGCUGCAUCAACGGGAAUGUCCAGUGUUUAAAGAAGAGGUGUCCACCUCUGUCAUGCUCCAACCCAUAUAUUCUCCCAGGAGACUGCUGCCCCCAGUGUCCAGAUCCUCCAGCAGACUGUGUGUUCGAGCAGAGGCCUUACAGACACACAGAGCAUUUCUACCACCCGUCCGACAGCUGUCGAACAUGUUUGUGCAUCAACGGGUCAGUUCACUGUCAGCACAAGCCCUGCCCUUUUGCUCCGUGCUCUCACCCCAUCACACAGGAGUGUUGCCGGACGUGCGACGGCUGUUGGCACGAAAGCAGAGAGCGAGCUAACGGGGAGACAUGGGAUGAUUUGUCAGACCCAUGUGCUGUGUGCGUUUGUCGUGAAGGCUCUGUCCAGUGUGAGAGGAAACUUUGUCCACCGUCCAACUGUAACCACCCAGUGCAGAGACAAUGCUGCAUGUCCUGUGAUGGCUGCUCAUUUCAUGGUAGAGAAAUUCCUGAUGGCACUGAGGUUGGUGACGACAAAGACCCCUGCAGCGUGUGUUACUGUUACAGAGGUGACAUCAUCUGCACCAAGUUAGCGUGUUAUGGAGAUUGUAAUCACCCAUACAAACCACCUGGACAAUGUUGUGGAGAAUGUGAACGCUGCUUCUACAACAAUGUGGUCCUCCUCAGUGGACAAUCCAUCACGGACCCAGGGGACCCCUGCUCUGAAUGUGUCUGCCAGAGCGGCUCAGUUCGAUGUGUGAGGAAGUCGUGUCCUGCAGCUCUCUGUCCUCACCCAGUCACCGACCCAUGUGGCUGCCCUGCCUGUGAUGGUUGUUACUUCCAGGGCGUGAUUUAUGCUGAUGGGCAGAUCCUCCAAGGAGGAGAACAAAGGUGCCAGGACUGUACAUGCUCAAGAGGUGAGGUGGUGUGUGCCCAGAGAACGUGUCCCGCUGUGUCCUGCUCCCACCCGGCUCUGGACGUCUGUGCAUGUGAAGUGUGUGAUGGGUGUAACUUUAACGGACGGGACUGUUUCAACGGAGAGCGAUUCCAGCAUCCUGAAGACCGUUGUCAGCUCUGCUCAUGUUUGAACGGCGGUGUGGUUUGUAUGCGUACGUCUUGUCCUCGCCUCACUUGUCGCCACCAAGAGACGUCUCCUGGGGAGUGCUGCCCGGUCUGCACAGGGAAGUGUUUUCAUGAGGGUGAAGAGCAUCCAUCCGGCUCCACCUUCACGUCACAGUCUGAUCCCUGCUCUAAGUGCUCCUGCCUGAAUGAGGUGGUGAACUGUCAGAGGAAACCUUGUCCAGUUCAGUGCUCGCAUCCUGUCUCGUCGGAUAACUGCUGCCCCGUUUGUGACUCCUGCCUGUAUGAGGGUGUCGUCCACGCUCACGCUCACAUCUUUACACCCCUCUUCAGUCCCUGCCAGCGCUGCACGUGUAUCAGAGGCACCGUUUCCUGCGUGCCCCUUGUCUGCCCACCAACGCGCUGCGCUCGGCCCGUGACCAAGCCAGGCCAGUGCUGUCCAGAGUGCACAGGGUGUGUGCUGGAUGGACAGGAGUUCAGUGACGGCCAGACUUGGACCCCCAGCUUAAACCACUGUUCCACCUGCACCUGCCAGAGAGGUGAGGUGCAGUGCUCGUCUCCUGAGUGUCCCCAGCUGCCCUGUCUGCAUCAGGUGACCGAUCCGGGGUCCUGCUGUCCUCACUGCAGAGGCUGUAUGUACGGAGGAGACGAGCAUGCAGAGGGCAGCAGCUGGUUUGCAGACUCCACCCCCUGUAUGACCUGUAUGUGUGUGGAUGGAGUGACCACCUGCUCUGAGGUGCACUGUUUGUCUCCGUGCAUAAACUUCAUCAGCGUGCCCGGAGAGUGCUGUCCGGUGUGUGCUGAUUGUGUAUUUGAGGGCAGAGUGUACAGCCCGGGAGACAGUUUCCACCCAGCCCAAGACCCCUGUCAGAUCUGCACAUGCGAAGUGAUGCCAGAUGGAGAACAACACCUGAAGUGCUACAGAAAACAGUGUCCCAGUUUGGUCGACUGUCCCAAGAGCAACAUCCUUUUCUCUGGACCGGACUCCUGCUGUCCCGUUUGUGCACAGCCUCUCACCAACUGUACAACCACACUGAUCGGAAACGAAGUGUUAGCAACAGAUGACCCUUGCUUCACCUGCCAGUGCCAGGAUCUGACAUGGACCUGCUUACAGCAAACAUGUCCACUGCUCACCUGCCCUCUUAUCGAACAGUUCACUCUGACAGAUUCAUGCUGCCCGGUGUGUAAAGACUGUGUGGUCGAGGGUCAGAACAGGCGCGUGUCCAAUGGCACCAGCUGGACAGACAGCGAUGACGAUUGCGUCACGUGCACCUGUAAUUGGGGCUCCAUCGAGUGCAGCAUUGAAGAGUGCGUACCUGCUGUUUGCGUGAGCGGCCAGGAACAAGUGAAAGUUCCAGGAAAGUGCUGCUAUGAAUGCCGAGACUCAGGGGAUUCGUGUUUGUACCAGGGGGUGGUGUAUCACUCCGAUGAACAGUGGGAGGUGGAUGAGUGCACCAGCUGCACAUGUGUGUCUGGAGAUGUACACUGUAGGAGUGAACGCUGCCCUCCGCUCACCUGUGCAGCUGAUGAGAUGCUUGCAGUCAUUCCAGGUUUGUGUUGUCCUCAUUGUCUUCCCCGUCCGGCUACCUGCAUCGCCUUCGGUGAUCCUCAUUAUCGCACCUUCGAUGGCCGCAUGUUUCACUUCCAGGGAGCGUGCACGUACGUCCUGACGCAGGACUGUGAAAGUGGAGACUUCAGUGUUCAUGCUACAAAUGAUGAUCGUGGACGUAACGGCGUGUCCUGGACCAAAGAGGUGACGGUCUUUCUAGGAAAUAUCACUGUGCAGCUCCUCCAAAACUGGGUUGUUAAGGUAAAUGAAAAGGUUGUGGCUUUGCCUUUCCUCAGAGAGCCGUACGUCUUUGUAGAGCGACAAACCAACAUGGUCCUGCUCAACACGAACAUUGGACUGAAGGUGCUGUGGAGUCCUCGUUCACACUUGGAAGUGAGUGUGCCAGGUUCAUACAAAGGUCAAACCUGUGGUCUCUGUGGAAACUUCAACAACUAUUACCAGGAUGACUUCCUGAAGCCUGGCGGCCAACUCAGCCAAUCAGAGGCUGAGUUUGGCAACAGUUGGAGAGUGACAGAUGGAAACCAUGCCCUCUCUUCCUGUCGUCCCGGAGAGGACGUUGAUCCCUGUAAAAGUGCAGGAUACCAGGCGAGGAAGGGGGCGAACGCUCACUGUAGAGUCCUGAAAUCUGCUGCUUUCAAGCCCUGCCAUCGAGUCGUUCCUCCCGAGCCGUGGUACGGCGCCUGCGUGUACGACCUCUGUGCAUGUGGUUCCAAUUCUGACGAGUGUCUGUGUGACACGCUGGAGGCCUAUGCCAGCCAGUGCAGAGAGGCUGGGGUCAUCCUGCAGUGGAGGAGCGCAUCACUGUGUGCUGUGGGCUGCCCUGUAGAGAGGGGGUUUGUGUUUGACGAGUGCGGCCCACCAUGUCCCGUGACAUGUUUUAAUGUUGACAAGCCGCUGGGUGAGAUAGAGAGUCAUUGCUUCAAGCCCUGCAUCCCAGGCUGUCAGUGUCCCGCUGGCCUCGUUCUGCACAACAGCUACUGCAUACAGCCAGGAAAGUGUCCAAAAAUCAUUCACAGCAACCAGUUGUGA